AUGGCCUCUGAGACUCAACUACCUGGAUCGUCUUCUGCUUUUGAGAGGAUGUUAAGGCAUAGAGAUCUCUCUUUGUUUUUGCCUUUCUUCUUGGGCUUUGCAGGCACUGCCACCCAGAGUGAUCCAGGUCAAGAAACGCCACAGACAGCCACCCCACAUGAAAGAAUCAUCCUUAUCAACCCUUUCACUCAAGGCAUGGUGGUGAUUGAAGGAUCUGAGAGCUUGGAUUCUCUUCUUAGAGAGUUGGCUACCAAGAAUGGUCAGCCUCCUGCCUCAAAGGCAUCCAUAGGGGCCAUGCCUACUGUGGAGAUUGCAGAAAUUGGAGAUAAGGAGGGCGAGUGUGCUAUCUGUUUAGAAGAGUGGGAGCUUGGUGGGUUGGCAAAGGAGAUGCCCUGUAAACAUAGGUUUCAUGCUAAUUGUAUAGAGAAGUGGUUGGGGAUUCAUGGGUCUUGCCCUGUUUGCAGGUAUAAGAUGCCUGUUGAUGAGGUGGAUUUAGGCAAGAAAAGGGAGGAGGAAGAAGAAGGUAGAGAGAGGAGAAGAUUGGAAAGAGAAAUUUGGGUUAGUUUUUCUUUCAAUAGUAAUAGGAGAAGUGAGGAUUCAAAUCAACCUUCAAGUAAUUCUAAUGAUGUCUUUUCUUCAAGUCCAGGACUUGAUCAAGAAACGGAGGGCUAGAGUCGGAUAAAUUUUUGUAAGGUUUUUCUUUGUGUGUUACCUUUUUUAAUAGCAUGUGCAUACAGAUCAUUUGUGUUUCAUCUUCGAUAACAAAUAAAGAUGUAUAUUUUUUUGUCCUUA